AUGGUUUCUAUUCAAAAAAAGCUCCAAAGGUUUACUCUUGGUGACUCCCUCAAGGGAGAGUUUGUUUCCAUUUGUUUAGUUCGAGACAUUCAAAAUUCUGAAGAGCUACUUAAAAUCCUUAUGAAAAAGAAUCAUCCAAAAUUGGUAGAAUUGAUUAAAGAUCAAUCUAAUCAAUCAAUCGUAGUAAUGAAUGCAAAAAUGAUAUAUAGCUUGGAACACAUUUUAAUUUCUGUCUCAACGUGUUUAUUAAAAAGGAAGUUUCAAAGUAAGACAAAGACUAGAACCUUUGAAACAGAAGUCAUAUAUAAUAUGUCUCCCUCAACAAAUAUUUCAACGUCAUUAAAGACAUUUGGUAUAACUGAUACCACCAAAGAUGUGGUUUGUUUGUUUAUUAAUAUUGAUGAACAUGAAGCAAUUGGAGAUUUCCUUGGGCUUAUUCAAGGCCAGGUAGAUUUAAUUGAUAACUUACCUCAGGUUCAUGAGAUUUCGGAAAUUAUAAAGGUAAGCAUAAAGGGUAAUUCUCAGAUAUAUCUUAAUAUUAAAUAA